CUCAUUUUGUCCAUUUUCCCAAGAUUGUUGCGUCGAAACAGAAUAUAGAAAAAGAAAAGAAAAACCCUAUCCCCUCAGUAGACCCCCUUCUCGGCGGCGACCAUCCGCGGCGGCGCAGCUCAGAACGGCGACCGACGGACCCCCGACGACUCAAAAACCCGUACGGCGGCGCAACGACCCUUCGCGAACGGCAAGGAUCUGCAGCGGUGAGGAUACGAACGGCGGCAAUCCACGCACAACUACCCGGCGGCCAGCGACGAUCGGCUAACACUACGACGCCUAGAUCCGAGCGCGAACGGCAAGCUCAUCCUCUGGGGCGGCGCAACUUCCCGUGCUGACUCACACUCGAUCCAACCCAGAUUCGUGAUACCCACCCUCUAUCAGCGUCAGUUUUGCAAACUCGAACCUCGACCUCAGAUCUGCAGUGUGCAUUGUUCCAGCCAUAACCCAAGCGGUUUGAGUGAAGGUCAGUAGAUUGAUGUGUUGGAAUGACAAAAAUGAUGCUGAAUUGAGAAGUGAAGGUGAAGUAAGAAUGAAAAAAGAUGAGGUGAACCCUUUUUUUCUCCUUGAAAAUAUGAAGUGAACUUUCACAUGAAGGCAUAUGAACCCAAGUUUAGUUCUUGCGAGAAUAGUUGGCCAAGAUUGAAACCUACAACAAAUAGAAUUGGGCCAACGGAGGAAUCCAAUGAGUGGUAUCCCAAUUUCCAUCCACGUCUAUUAGAAUUGGGCGUUUUUCUCCGUUGCUAAUUCUGAAACUGCUACCAUGGCAUCUGUUCCUUCAAAGCUCUAUGCAGAUGAUGUAAGCCUUUUGAUGGUUUUAUUGGAUACGAAUCCAUUUUUUUGGAGCACAUCUUCUCUUCCAUUCUCCAAGUUUCUCUCUCAUGUACUUGCUUUCCUGAACUCCAUUUUAGAUCUGAAUCAACUUAAUGAGGUUGUGGUAAUUGGUACUGGUUAUGCUUCAUGCAAGUAUCUAUACAACUCGUCUUCACAUUCAAAUCGUGGUCUUGAAGAUGGUAGAAUGCCUGCACUUUGCACUCGUUUAUUGAAGAAUUUGGAGGAAUUCGUGAUUGCGGAUGAGCAGUCUGUCAAGGAAGACCCCAGAGGAGGGACCAUGUCUUCACUUCUUUCUGGAUCACUCUCCAUGGCUUUGUGCUAUAUACAGAAAGUUUUCCGUUCUGGAUCUCUCCAUCCCCAUCCUCGAAUCCUUUGCUUGCAGGGAUCCCCAGAUGGGCCUGAACAAUAUGUUGCAAUCAUGAAUGCCAUCUUUUCUGCUCAGCGUUCAAUGGUUCCCAUAGAUUCGUGUUACAUAGGUUCACACAAUUCUGCAUUUCUUCAGCAGGCUUCUUACAUCACGGGUGGAGUUUAUCUGAAGCCUCAGCAAAUGGAUGGACUGUUUCAAUAUCUCUCUACUGUUUUUGCUACUGAUUUGCAUUCUCGGGCCUUCUUACAACUUCCAAAGUCCGUUGGUGUGGAUUUUCGUGCAUCGUGUUUUUGCCACAAAAAAACAAUUGACAUGGGCUAUGUCUGUUCGGUUUGCUUAUCUAUAUUCUGCAAGCAUCACAAGAAAUGUUCUACUUGUGGGCAUUUGUAUGCAUUAUUGGCGAGUUUUGGCUUCGUUCAGGUCAGUAUUUGGUGAGACCCCAGUAGAUGUGGAUUCAGUGUCCAAACAGAAGAGAAAAACUCCAGAAACAUGACUUCACUUGCUGUAAAUUGUGGAACUUUAGAGUUUGUUUUAGUGUCGACUUUGAACUGGUUGGUUAGUUUUUCCCUCACUUGUAUGGCUAUAGAAGUAUUCCAUUCUUCUUUCCUUUUUUGUGCUCUUGGGAACUGCUAAUGCUUUUUGCUGAAUACUGUAUUGGUCAAAAUCAUGGAAUUUGGUUCAUAUUGCUCGAGCAGGAGACGGUGUUUGCCUCGCCAUUGUAUGAUGCAGAUCAUGAGUUUGAAUGUUUUGAGCUAGCAUGUCUGACAAAUUCUAGUUA